AUUGCUCAAAGCAGUUCAGAUCUGAGGAAGCGCACUUGUAUCGAUCCGUCAAUUAGUAGUUUAGUUUUAUUUUUAGUCAAUUCGCACCCACCAAACCACCGAUUGCCAAAAUGGUGUCCUUCAAGCUAGUGUGUAGUGUGCUAUGUGUUCUGGUCGCCAUUCAAUCCGCCUCCGCCGCCGAAGAUGGCACUGUGCGAGCCCUGCGAAAAGUGUACUCCCUUUGCGAGGAUAGUGAUGAACUAUUGAAGUGUAUCAAGAUCCAAGCCCUCAAACUGACCGAUCGUGCAAUCAAGCUGCCGAGCGUUAAGCUGGUUGACGGUAUGUCGAUCGUGAAGAAGGCCGAUAGCGAGAAUCAACAGCGUGCCCUGAACGAACCCACGCUCAAUGAACUCGAACUGAACAAGCUCUCCUCGGCCAAGAUCGACGAGCUGCUGUACCAGCGUGCUGCUCGUUUCAUGGAUUCUCACCAGCUUUCGUUGAACGUGCCACGACUGCUCACCUCCGGACAGCAGGAAACCGGUCGCCUGGUCGAGGAAGGUCGCAAGAAGAUGAAGAAGUACCUCGGACCAUUCCUCGCUGCAAUGGCUAUCAAGGGAGGUAUCCUAACCAUGGUCUACCACUCCAUUGCUAUCGUCGCUGGUAAGGCUCUCAUCAUCGGUAAAAUCGCUCUGGUCAUUUCGGCAAUCAUUGGACUGAAGAAACUAGUCACUCCCGAGGGACACGAGAAGACCACCUACGAGAUUGUGAAGCACCCGCACGUCCAGCAGAGCCAUACCUACUCGUCGAAUCAUGGCGAAUUCGAUAACCACGAAACCGGCCAGUUCCACCGCAGCUUCGGAAACUCGAUCAGCGACGAUAUGCAGAUGCAAGACCGCGCCUACCGAGCCCACGUUCCAAAGAACUAAAUCGCCUUCAACCGUCGUCCAACCCCCCCAAAAGGAACUUACAUAGCCCGUGCUCCUGCCGGUCAUUAGGAUAUGAAGCUAGUUAGGAUUAGUCAACUUUCAAGGGUCCUCGUCUCAAGAGCGGAUCCUUGACGUGCGCACACUUCGAGAUCUCGUCGAUCGGAAUAACCACCCAGAAACCAUGCAGCUUGCAGCCAAUUAACAGCUCAACGCGGCGGACUCGAAAAAAAAAUAAUGGGGGCAGCUAAACAACGUAAACAGCCUUCCCCGCUCAAGUUUUUCCGUCCCUCUAUGACGACUCGCUGAACGCCCCUUAAGGUGACUCGCUUUGGUCACCGGAGCCCGCCCGCCGUUAUUUUGUAUUUAUUGUAAUUGUAGUUUAUUUAUUUAUUAUUUAUUGUUUCUGGCCGAAUGCAAGAAAAAAAACAACCUAUACCUUAAGUUAUUUGAGUUGUAUCUGAUAGUGUAGGAGCAGCGGUAGAAAGUUUUUCUUUUAUUAAGUUUCCUGAAGCGUCUUUUCCAAUGAAGAAAACCAACAGCGUGUCGAAACAUGUUUUACAAUGCAAAUAAAUAGUUGUUUUUGGAA